AUGGCUGCAACUGGUGAAUUUGAACAAAUAUUCCUUCAUUCGAAUGGACUACGUAGUCUCAGUGAACUCCCAAUGACGAAACUGAUUCAAAUAAAGUUAAGUUUAACGGAAGACGUGGACAAUGUUACUCUUGUGGAGGACCUCGAAGGAAGAGCUGCUCUUGCUCUGCCCAUGGUUUCCUCAUCCAGAGGAAUCAAUAACAAAUCAAUACGACGCCAUGGUGAUUGGGAAGAAAAGGGAAAAGACUCAAAAAUAUCCCAAAUAUUUCAGUUGGCCAUAACUACGCUUUCAUUCCUUGCAUUUGGUGGCUAUCUCUUGACUUUGAUCAUUACGACAAUACAGAGAAAUACUACGGCAGCGAAUGGAACGAAUUUUAUCGUACUUUCGAAUCUUCAAAAUUUAAGUAAAUAUCAACGACCGAAAAGAAAUACAGUCAUAAUAGAUACAAUGUUGAAUGAUUCUGCUAUUGAUCAAUUUUACCAAGGCAUGAUUAUGUUGUCUGAAGGAUACGUAACGUAUACUAAAUUGAAAUAG